GGCCUCACAGCAACUUCUUUCUGGAAGCCCCGACAUUUGUCGGGGGCUCGCGCGAGCCCGCGCGUAUUUUCACUCGGGUAAGCGCGCCCAUGAGCCCUCCGUCUAUUUUUCAUAUUGCUUUCAUCUCACACUCUAAAAUAGGUCACGGGGUGGAAGUUACACCAGGUACAGCCCUUGGCUCUCAAGCAAAAACAGCUAGUUCUCCCUGGCUUCUGUAAAGCUUGCAACUAUUCGGUUCGGUGGAGCUUCCCGCCCCCAUACCGCGCAGAAAGCCGCCGGCGGCCGUGGCGCUGACAAUGGUCUGCAGAGCUGAGCAGCAAGAAGCCUCCUUCCCACCCUAGACCUGCUGGCUCUGCGCCUGCCCUUGCCCUUCCUCCGAGGAUUGGGAGGAAGGGUUGCGACCCGUCGUCCUGUUAGCGCCCCGAAGCCCAUGCCCGGAGUCUGACCGCCUGGGAUUGAGAAAGUCACGAGAAUCAACUGCCACCCUCUGAAAGGGGAAACUGCCUCAGUUCACAAAGAAAAGUGAUUUUCCUGUGAUCACAAGAUGACUCAGGAUGGAUCAUGAAGCUGCCCAGUUGGAGAAGCAGCAUGUACAUGCAGUCUAUGAAAGCACUGCUCCUUACUUCAGUGAUCUGCAGAGCAAAGCCUGGCCUCGGGUCCGCCAGUUCCUCCAGGAGCAGAAGCCAGGCAGCCUCAUCGCCGAUAUAGGUUGUGGGUCUGGAAAGUAUCUUAAGGUGAACAGCCAGGUACAUACCCUGGGCUGUGACUACUGCGGGCCAUUGGUAGAGAUUGCCCGGAGUAGAGGAUGUGAAGUCAUGGUAUGUGACAACCUUAAUCUCCCCUUUAGGGAUCAGGGCUUCGAUGCCAUCAUCUCCAUUGGAGUCAUACAUCAUUUUUCUACAAAACAAAGAAGAAUCAGAGCAAUCAAAGAAAUGGCCAGAGUGCUGGUCCCAGGAGGGCAGCUGAUGAUUUAUGUUUGGGCCAUGGAACAAAAGAAACGGCACUUUGAGAAGCAAGAUGUGUUCGUGCCCUGGAACAGGGCCCUGUGUUCCCAGCUCUUCUCAGACUCCAACCUGCCUGGGAGAAAAAAUCAGUGUGGAUGCCCAGAAAGCAGCCACCCCUCCCUGCUUCCUGGCCCUGAGAGUAGCUGUUCGGUUUGUUUGAAAGAGCGCUGUGAUUCAAAACGGUCCCACAGCCUGGACCAUGACCCUGUGAUGGUUGGAGCCUGCUGUACAGCUCUUUCUAAGGGAGACGAGGAAGAAAAUGGAUUCUAUGACACACUAGGAAAAUCUGUUCGUUCCUGGUUUUUCUCCAGAUCUUUAGACGAAUCAACUCUGAGGAAGCAAGUUGAGAGAGUGAGACCCUUGAGAAACACAGAGGGCUGGUCCAGGGCCCCUGUGUCCAGCCAGCCUUCCAGAAGCUCUAGCUUAGACUGUGAUCACCAAGAGCCAUUUUCAGUGAGGGAGCAAAAUAUAGAUGAAGAUGUAUUUGUGGAAACACCUCAAAAACAUUUGGAGUGGCUGAGAGCACCAAACACAAUGAAACAUCUCAAUGGAGACCACAAAGGAGAUAGGAGAAGUAGAGAUGGGAACUGGCUGGAUAGCACCACCCAGGAGACUUGUGUAGAUGCAGGAAACUCAGAGGAAGGUAACCAGUCUGCUGGUAAAAUACUGAGAAGGAUUUCUGCAGUCAGUUCCACAGAUUCCAACCCGGAUGAGGCAAUUUCUGUCAAAGAACAGCCUGACAUUUUGGAUUCCAGAGCCUUCAUGCGCUAUUACCAUGUGUUCAGAGAGGGUGAGCUCUGUGGCUUGGUAGAGGAGAAUGUGGCGGAGCUCCAUAUUCUGAGCUCUGGGAAUGACCAUGGCAACUGGUGUAUCAUUGCAGAGAAAAAGGAAAACUGUGAUUGAUAGGGUCAUUUUAAGUAACUUUCAGGAAUGGCCUCCCACUCAGGCAGAAGAGAGUUUAAAUAAAAGUUCGCUAUUAGCAGCAGCUUUUCAUUCAUCUGAGCACAAGAAUUCGGUGCAUCCAGACAUUACCAAUAAUUUCUCUGUGGAACUGUCACAUGGAAAGCACUCAGAAAGAGCCAACUAAUAUAAAUAUCACUAAAAAAAACCCUGCCCACCCAUACGACUGUCCUUACGAGCAAAUACAAGUCAUAAGUGAAUUCAAAUCCUUUACCUUGCUCGGUUAUAGAUUUUACUGUGCUGUAUGAAUUAAUUUGAAAAGUCAGACUCCAUUAGUAGGGCUGGGUCAAACGGUGUCUUUCCCUUUCCUUUUCUCUUACUUGCUGGCAUCACUGCACAGGCACACUGUUGGAAGUACAGGGGAACAUUAAGGGGAUUAUUGGGAGGCCCUAAAGUACAUUGGAUGCCUCAAUGGCCUAUUUGAGGAAUUCCACACAGUCAGUGACUUGGGAAAAAUUAACAUGGACAAAGGAUGCAAUCAAAAUAAAUAUUAGAGUGGGAAUCAUACAAGUGGUCUAUUUAAAUGACUUUUUAAAUAGUGAUGAAAUGACUCUAGCAUGUCAUAGUAGCUAUCAAGCCAUUUAAGAAAUAUCUUGGAGUAGCUCAUAGGGUUAGUCUUCCUUUUUAAUCACACAUCCUUUGCAAGAUGAUAUAACAUUCUUGUUUCUAGUUUGCCUUUCUAUAUCUUUCCAAAUUUGAUCAUCAGUUAAAUGGGCAAAAAAUUUCAAAUGUAAAUCAGCUCCUAUCGGUAAUGUAUUUGUCUUUAAGAAUAAUAAAAAGAAUAAACACAGGGGUUGGUGGUGGUGGUUGUUGUUAAGAAAAAUCCUCUCUCUGUAAGAGAACAAAGAGUCUAGUCUAACAGUUGUUGAACUUGGUAGGGGAGUGUGCUCCUUAAAAAUAAGCCCU